AUGGACCAGGGCAUGAUUGACUGGACGGCAUUCCUGACCGACGAUGCCUGGUUCCUUCCCGACCCGUCGCCAGCAGGGGCAGAGCUCGUCGCCGACGUCGAAUCCAGAGCGGCCUGGGACGAGCCGCCGCCGCAGUGCGCCCAGCAUCCGCAAGCGUCGGCCGAUUGCUGCUGGCGGCGCGCGUUCCUCGACAGCCGCGCCGUGGGCUUUGAAGAGGAAGUGGCAGCUCUCGGCCACUUUGGCAUGGGCUUUCCAGACGGGUGCUACCCAGAGACGGUGCCGGGCUCGUUUACCGCCACGCAUGUCGAGUGCGGGCCGCCCUCGUCUGUGCUGGACGACGAGAUCUUGGAUAUGGACGAGACGAGCGGUCCUCCGGGGGGGCCUUUUGCCGAGGAACCGAAAGAGUAUCCGCACAAGCGAAAAGCGCAGAGCCCGGAGCUUAUCCAGCCGGUGGAAGACGACUCCGACUGGACGCCAGACUCUCCGAAGAAGAAGCGCGCGAAAAUCACGCCGCCGGCCAGGAAGCAGCGCAAGCCGAGAAACACCCAAGUCUGGUUCAGCAAGCCCGCCAAGCCACGCAUCGCAGCGCCGCGUCGCCCCGAGAAGAAUACCAUACCCGCUCCAGGUAGCAACAGGACAGCCGUUGGCUCCAGCGCACCCUUUGCCAACGAGGCCCGGUUUGCCGCCUCGAUGAAGCGCGCUCGCCUCGCUCGCGAGGCAGCCACGGCCCGUCGGCUUGCCGAGUGUACGAUACGGCAACGUCGAGGACGCGUACAGUUGAACGGGGUGCACGGCACCAGGGAGACAAGAUACAUCGCCGGCUAG